UGGACAAUCGAGAAACGGCACUCACCUCUUCACACCAAACCCGCGAGCCUCGUAGCUGACAGCGAUCAAACCGCCGCCUUUCCAGUCGUUGUACUGCACCACGGCGGUCGGCUGGCCCCUGAGUGCUGGGUUCCUCCGUUGCUCCACUGCGGCAAAGCAAAUGGCCACUCUUUCAGUCGAAGAACGGUUGGUCAAUGGUCAUGGGUGGGGUGGGAGAGGGAGAGGGAAGGAAAGUUACGGACCUUGGACGUAGAAGCAGUCCAUGUCAACAUGGGCGAUCACCCGGGGCUCCUGAGACUCCGGCCUUGCCACCGGCAUCCCCUAUCCUCUUCUACGGGGUUAAAAAUAACCGCUGGACUCUGCUUCAGCCGGUCAGCCCUCACCUCCGCCUUCCCCUUUCUUCGGCUGACAGGGUGGGUAGUAAACAAGCGCCACGGCAGGUCGGACUGGGAGGUAGCAACCCCUAGCCUAGGUCCGGUCGGCGGCGGCCAUGGCAGCCGGCGGGGGUCAUUUGGCAAGAGGAAGAAGAUGGAUGGACAACUACAAAAGGCCCAUUUAUUAGAACAGCCUACGGCCAACUGAGAAUUGGGCCCAAGCCCGAGUAAUAUCAUUAGACAUUAGCUGUGGGUGAUUUUCUCCCGAAGAGGAAAAACAUCCGGGAGAUAGGGAUUGCAAGCUGCAGCCGUGCCCCGUGCGGUCGCUCCCCUCCCCCGACUCCGGCGAGAAGAAAAGACGGUGGCAGCAGUCGAGACUCCACUCGGUCGCGGUGGUGGCUGCCCAUUCUUUUCCGUCUUCUCCUCCUUGACUAAGAAUGUUUUGCUUGAGGAACUAUUGGUCGCCUGCAUUUGCCUUAGUACGGGAACGGGCUGCUGUUCGAUAUCCUGGGGAAGGAGCUACUGUUGGACAUCCUCCAAAGUUCAAUUCUGUAGUGGUUUGCGGUGCCAGGGGUCCAAGACCGAGAUAUCCCCGUGUGUGGAAAACUCGUAAGAAAAUUGGGACUAUUUCCAAGUCACAGAAGCUUGUCGAAUGUGUGAGAUUAAAGGUCUGUCUAAUGUAAAGGAGGAAGUUUAUGGCGCACUUGACUCAUUUGUUGCAUGGGAACUGGAGUUUCCCUUGAUAGUAGUAAAGAAGGCACUGAAGACACUUGAGGAUGAAAAGGAAUGGAAACGAAUAAUUCAGGUUAUUAAAUGGAUGUUCAACAAAGGUCAAGGAAAGACAAUGGGAAGCUAUUACACCUUGUUGAAUGCUUUUAUCGAGGAUGGGCGGAUUGAGGAAGCAGAAGAAUUAUUUGGAAUGAUAUUUUCACGAUAUAUGGAGGGUUUGCCUCGAACAUUUUUCAUGAGAAUGAUUUCUUUGUAUUACAGUGUGGGAGCAUACGAUAAGAUGUUUGAGGUUUUUGCUGAUAUGGAGGAACUAGGUGUUAGACCUGAUGGUUCAAUUGUCCGGAUGUUAGGUGAUGCAUUUCAGAAGUUAGAGAUGAUGGACAAAUAUGAAAAGUUAAAGAAGAAAUACCCACCACCAAAAUGGGAAUAUCGAUACAUUAAAGGCAAGCGCAUCAGGAUGAGGGUUUACCCUGAUAGUAAAACUGAAGAGGCAACAAAAGGAGACCCUGUUACAGAUGAACUGCAAGAGGCAGAAAGUAUACACCUUGAUAGUGACUUGGAAGAAGAAGCGGGCUCUGGCCUCGACAGGAAUGUAUUGGAUGAUGCAUCUUCUGGAGACCUUGAAUAUGUAUAGAUCAGAGCUUCUGUUGGUAUUUCUGCGCCUGCUUAGUCAAAGCAGGCAAGGGCAAAUGAACUGUUGUGUUGCAGCUUGAAGUUUUGGUGAUAGCCAGUUUGCUACUGCUGCCAUAUUUGGAAAUGGAAAAGCAACUCUCGUGUUCAAUGGGUGUCCAGCAGUUUAGCAUCGCAUAUUCAUCAAAUGAUCUGGUGAUCCUAUUCCAUGGCUAGCUGUACCUGAUUGCUUCACGAAGAACUUGUGGUUGAUUGUUAAAGAUGGUAUUCUGGACUGGCCAUCAGCCAGGGCAGUAUCACUGGUAUCUUUGCCAUAGCAAUUACGCGUAAGAGCUCUGUAUCUCUCUGUAUGUAUAAAGAGUCAUCUGAAGCCGAGGCCCAUGUCAACUAGGAUGGGAUGGCUUUGUUUCCGUUGCUGGUAUCGAUAUGUAGCGAAAUCGAUCUACGAGUUUUAGUA